AUGGAAAACCUGUCUGUAUUGGAGGUUGAUACCGACCCUUUGAUGCCUCAAAUAAGGAGUCCUAUUGUACAAUAUGGAUCUUCAACCUUAGAUACUAUCGAAGAAGAACUUGAAGUAUUGUCUGAUAAAUCUUCGAAAUGGUACAGUAGACCAUCAGUUGUUUUUAUUUAUGUUACCUAUUUUUGUAGUAUGGUAUCACAAAUGACAUUUGCUGUUCAAGAAGCUAUUUAUUUCGAAAAAGCUUGUAACACAAAUAUGAUUAAUGGUAGUUGUAGUGCAAUUGACAAUCAAAUGUUAGUUUCCAACUAUAAUCAGGUUUCUAAUGUGAUUUUCCAAAUAACUGCUGUCAUUGGAAUGUCAAGGCUUGGGAAAUUAAGUGACACUUAUGGUAGAAAACCCAUGGUGGUUCUUAUUUUCCUCGUAUAUACUGUUGCAUCAGUUUUCACCGUUCUUGUUUUAUCUAAAUCGGAUAAGUUCAAAUUCAAGACUUUAAUCUUGUUGGGGAUUAUCAAGAAUUCGUUCGGUGGACCUGGAGGUUUACUUUCAGUGGGACAUGCUUAUAUUGCUGAUAUCACACCUAAAGAACGUUUACCCACAUCAUUGUCAUUUGCUAUGGCUAUGAAUAAUAUCGGUGCUCUUUUAGGCACUUUUGUAUCCAAGGUUUUGAUUGAAAUCGGUAAAACAGCUGGUCUUAGUACUUCCCAUGUUAAUUAUUUACCGUUUUUUGGUCAAAUUAUCGUUCUCGGAUUGUCAUUGAUAUUUUCUUUCUUCAUCGUUGAAUCAAAGAAUUCAUUUGUUCCAAGAGAUCUGGGAUCAUCUUUGAAUUUUGAGUUCAGUUUAUCGUCAAUUUCCAAUGUAUUUUCUCCAUUGAAAGUGUUAGGUCUUCCUGAUAGUAUGAUUCCUGAGGAAAGAAAACAUGAAGGUAGUAGAAUGAGAUUCCAAACCAGAAUUUUGGUGGUUGCUUUGGCUCUUUCCUCGAUCACAGCAGCAGCGUUACCUAUUGUAUUCCUUCAAUAUGCCAUCUACAAGUUUAGAUGGGAUGCUAGUGAAUUAUCCAAUGUGAUUAUGAUAUUAUCAUUCUCUUCCGUGAUAGCUUUAAGUACGAUUCUUCCAUGGAUGUCAUCAGUGUUCUUGCCCAAGAAAUUGAAAUACGAAUUCGAUAAACAUAAUCUUGACAAGAUUGAUUUCUUUAUGUUAUUGUUUGGAAGUAGUGUUGAUAUGUUAAGUUGUGUCGGAUUAGCUUUGGCUAAUAACCAACUCCAAGUGAAUCUUCUUUUGGUAUUGUUUGGUUUGGACGGAGGAUUUUUAACCACUAUUAAUUCAGCUAUAACUAAGUUCUUCCCUGAGAAUAAAAUAGGUGAAGCUUAUGUAGCUAUAAACAUGUUAUCAGUCAUUGUAACAUGUGUUGGGCCUGUCUUGUUCUUAGAAAUGUUCAAAUGUGGAUUGAAACACGGAUUGGCCAAUAUUCCAUUCCUUAUUAUGGGACUUAUUCAAUGUGGAGUGUUUGGAUUUUUAUUUAUCGUCAAAACAUUUGUUACUCAACGUUCAGCCAUUCAUUUGGAUUAUGAAUAA